AUGGCUGGGUUAUUGUGGCAAGCCGUGGUUUCCUGCGUCUCUUCCGCAAUCUCAAUAAUUGUGGGGGCGCUCAUCUACCAAGUCCAGGUCGGAUACCUUCGAAAGCAGCAUCUGGUUCACUCCUUUAAUCUGCCCGGUAUUUGCACUGUCGUGUAUAUCAACUGCACUUCCCCCACUAUCACCCUUUCCGUCGGUGCGAAGGUGGGGGAAGUGCGAAUCUGGGAGAAGAUUAGUUCGACCUAUUUCUGCAUCAUUCCUUCCCCGAUACGCUUGCCGUGCUGGUGGUCUGAAGAUGAGCGCCUGUCGGGCUUCGUGCGAAUUGGGCCCCUGCACCCAAUGGCGGAAUCCGUAACAACGUUGACCCUUGCUCUCAUUGCAUUGGGUGCGUUCUUUAUUGUCGCCAGUCUUCUGCACCUCUGCCUCGUUGCCACAUUUGAUAGUCGGCGGUUGCGAUGGGCGAGGAAUGAAAAUCACCGCAGGCAACACCGGCAGGAAGACCAAGGAGGAACGCAGCUGGAUGGCUUGCCACUGGUGUUGGAAGAGACCAUACUGAACGAGUUGUACCCAAUGUCCGAUGAAAACUGGGCGGAGAAAGCGAUAGCACACAGCCGGUAUGCGCAGGGGCGGAUUGAGAUUCUGAGACGUUUUUUUGAGGCGCGACGACGACGACUACAGCGCAGAGAAGAGACUUCGCACCCGUACGGCAGUUCUGCCGAGUCCGACUCGGAGUUGGACUACGACGACGAUGAUCUCCCUGUGGACGAAUGCUACAUAUGUCUCUCUCGUUUCCGUCGGCGUAUGAUCUGGUGGCCAUGCGGUCAUUGGCUCUGCGCAACUUGUGCACGUAAAGUUCUACGGAAGUCGUUGCACCGCGGAUGCGCCUCUUGUCCCAAUUGCCGCGCAUUAUUUCUGCCAGAGGAACUUGUGAUACUGCAUUUACUCCCCAGGGUGGUGACUCCCGCCGCAGAGGGCCCCCCCACUGCAGUUGGAAAUGAGAAUGAGAAUGGCAAUCGCAUUUUCAGUGUGGAAAUGGAAGCGGCAACAUCCGCUGUGGUGAUAUGA